GCCCAGGGCUGGGCGGGGCCCGCGCUGGUUAGCUCCGGAGUGUGAAACCGCGUGUUAAUGUAACCGGCGCGAGAGGCGCGGGCGGCGGCGGCAGUGGUAGGAACGGCGACUGCAGGAGCCGCAGCAGCGUCGGCGGGUUCUCUGUGCCCCGCGUCCCCGAGGCAGCCGACUGCACCACCCCCACCUUUUCACGGCCGGGCGGGACCCGCGCCACCAACCCGGACCUUCGCCGGCCCGCGGCGACUUAAUCCCGGUGGGCUGCGGCUGCCCCGAGUACUCCAGACUCUCCCGCGGAGUUUGCCGGCCGGGAAGGGAGGCCGAGCGGCGACGCGCACUCCUGUUCUUCUUGCCACCAUCUCGUGGAUGUCGUACCCCGGGUCGUGAGAGAACUUUGCAGCGGGCUGGAGCGCCUUUUACGUAGAGGCAUACGAAGGGAAGGAAAGAAAGAGGACCCAGGAAGGGUCCGAAGCGGCCGGACGGGUUGUGUGGGGCGAGUGCUCACCGGGCGCGGCUCCCGGAUGCGCCCUGGCCUCAAGGAGCUGUGGGCGACCGCGGGACUGCCCUUCGUGGAGUAGCCCCGUCGGGCCUGGAGGGUUUGUGCAACCGCGGAGAACACCGAGUGCCGGUCGUACGGGGUGUGCGGGGCAGCCUCCCGGCGCGCCCUCCGCACUUUCCCAGCCUCGCUGUCAUUCCGCGCUUCUCAGCCAGGGUUGAGUCUGCGGGGCGCCGGGCGCGGAGCCUACACCGCGGCUGGGACCUCGCUCCCCGCCGCUUUCUAGGGGCCCGCGAGUGCCCGGCAAAGGUGCUGCCUGGACCCGCGAAGGUGGGCUCCGAAACGUCACUAGGUUGGUUUGUGUGGGGUUAGCCGGCAGCCACCUGCACCUCGCCCGCUGCCGGCGCCGCGGGGAAAACCCGGAGAGGAGGCAGACCGGGAGAAGAGCAAAGGAAGACAGCCCGUCUGGAUUUGUUUGCCCGGACGGUUGCCGCGCACACUGAUCGCCUACAGGAGCGCGCCGGAGUCACCGUUCCCCCACCUCCUCGCCCAGGCGGCUAAGGCCUGCGGGUUGGAGAACAGCGCGGUGUCGCGGAGGUUCUUCGAGCAGCUGGGCCCGGGGUGCCCCACGAUGUGGCCCUGAACGCGGGAGCCCACACUGGCGGGAGCAGGAGCAGCCGGGCGCGGAGUGGCCCGUGCGCCCCGCCGAGCGCGCCUGCGUGCGUGGCCAGCGGGCCCCCUGCGCGUCGCGUUUCUGCCGGGCUUACUGGCUUAAUUUUUCUCGGCGGGAUUAAAGUUGGAAAUUGAGCGGAGAAUUGAGUUGCCGGGGAACAGAGCCGCGGCGGCAGCCAGAGCGAUGUUCCCGCAGAGCCGGCACCCGACGCCGCACCAGGCUGCAGGCCAGCCCUUCAAAUUCACUAUUCCGGAGUCUCUGGACCGCAUUAAAGAGGAAUUCCAGUUCCUGCAGGCGCAGUAUCACAGCCUUAAAUUGGAAUGUGAGAAACUGGCAAGUGAAAAGACAGAAAUGCAGAGGCACUAUGUGAUGUAUUAUGAAAUGUCAUAUGGAUUAAACAUAGAAAUGCAUAAACAGACUGAAAUCGCCAAGAGAUUGAAUACGAUUUGUGCACAAGUCAUCCCAUUUCUGUCUCAGGAACAUCAACAACAGGUGGCGCAGGCUGUCGAACGUGCCAAACAGGUGACCAUGGCAGAGUUGAAUGCCAUCAUCGGGGUACGUGGCCUACCAGGUCUACCUCCUACACAGCAGCAGUUGCAAGCUCAGCAUCUGUCUCAUGGCCACGGACCCCCAGUCCCCCUAACGCCUCACCCUUCAGGACUUCAGCCUCCUGGAAUCCCGCCCCUGGGCGGCAGCGCCGGCCUUCUGGCGCUGUCGAGUGCUCUGAGUGGGCAGUCUCACUUGGCAAUGAAAGAUGACAAGAAGCACCAUGAUGCAGAGCACCACAGAGACAGAGAACCGGGCACAAGUAAUUCCCUCUUGGUCCCAGAUAGUCUAAGAGGCACAGAUAAACGCAGAAAUGGUCCUGAAUUUUCCAAUGACAUCAAAAAAAGAAAGGUGGAUGAUAAGGACUCCAGUCACUAUGACAGUGAUGGUGACAAAAGCGAUGACAACUUAGUUGUGGAUGUGUCUAACGAGGACCCAUCUUCUCCGAGAGCAAGCCCUGCCCAUUCACCCAGGGAAAACGGGAUCGACAAGAACCGCCUGCUAAAAAAAGAUGCUUCAAGCAGCCCAGCGUCCACGGCUUCCUCAGGAAGUUCUACUUCUUUGAAAUCCAAAGAAAUGAGCUUGCAUGAAAAAGCCAGCACGCCUGUUCUGAAAUCCAGCACACCGACGCCUCGGAGCGACAUGCCAACGCCGGGCACCAGCGCCACUCCAGGACUCCGUCCAGGCCUCGGCAAGCCUCCAGCCAUGGACCCCCUCGUUAACCAAGCGGCGGCAGGCCUUAGGACGCCCCUGGCGGUGCCCGGCCCGUACCCCGCCCCGUUUGGGAUGGUGCCCCACGCGGGCAUGAACGGCGAGCUGACCAGCCCCGGCGCCGCCUACGCCAGCCUCCACAACAUGUCCCCGCAGAUGAGCGCGGCCGCUGCCGCCGCCGCUGUGGUGGCCUACGGGCGCUCCCCGAUGGUUGGGUUUGAUCCUCCCCCUCAUAUGCGAGUACCUACGAUCCCUCCCAACCUGGCAGGAAUCCCUGGGGGGAAACCUGCAUACUCCUUCCACGUUACUGCCGAUGGUCAGAUGCAGCCGGUCCCUUUCCCCCCCGACGCCCUCAUCGGACCUGGCAUCCCCCGACACGCUCGCCAGAUCAACACCCUGAACCACGGGGAGGUGGUGUGUGCAGUGACCAUCAGCAACCCCACGAGACACGUGUACACGGGUGGGAAGGGCUGUGUCAAGGUCUGGGACAUCAGCCACCCCGGCAAUAAGAGCCCUGUCUCUCAGCUCGACUGUCUGAAUAGAGAUAACUACAUCCGUUCCUGCAAAUUGCUCCCCGAUGGCUGCACUCUCAUAGUGGGAGGGGAAGCCAGCACUCUGUCCAUUUGGGACCUGGCCGCUCCGACCCCGCGCAUCAAGGCCGAGCUGACGUCCUCAGCCCCCGCCUGCUACGCCCUGGCUAUCAGCCCCGACUCCAAGGUCUGCUUCUCCUGCUGCAGCGACGGCAACAUUGCCGUGUGGGACCUGCACAACCAGACGCUGGUGAGGCAAUUCCAGGGCCACACAGAUGGGGCCAGCUGUAUUGACAUUUCUAACGAUGGCACCAAGCUCUGGACGGGCGGCUUGGACAACACGGUCAGAUCCUGGGACCUGCGCGAAGGGCGGCAGCUGCAGCAGCACGACUUCACCUCCCAGAUAUUCUCCCUUGGGUACUGCCCAACUGGGGAGUGGCUGGCUGUGGGCAUGGAGAGCAGCAAUGUGGAAGUUCUCCACGUGAACAAGCCUGACAAGUACCAGCUGCAUCUCCAUGAGAGCUGUGUGCUGUCCCUGAAAUUUGCUUAUUGUGGUAAAUGGUUUGUGAGUACUGGCAAAGAUAACCUCCUCAAUGCUUGGCGGACCCCCUAUGGAGCUAGUAUAUUCCAGUCCAAAGAGUCCUCAUCCGUGCUCAGCUGUGACAUCUCUGUGGACGAUAAGUACAUAGUCACUGGCUCAGGGGACAAGAAGGCUACAGUCUACGAAGUCAUCUACUGAAAAGAUGCGGUUUAACGUUUGUAGUUGAAUUGGGCCAAAAUGUUUUGAAUUUGUAGAAAUAGAGAAGUUGUAACUUUGAAAACACGAAAACCCGUUUCCAAACUUUGACACAAAACUACUUUGAGUCUACAAAGAGGAGACGAUGAGUCCAUCAGCAGAAGGUCGUCUGUCUACCCAGACCAAAUGGAGCGCUGAGGCCAGGUGGACGGGGCCAAGGGCGGCAGGCUGGAGGGGCAGAGCCUGCUGUCCGGCAGAGCCUGUCCUUUGCUUUCUGUGUCAUCCGCCCAGAUUACCUUUCUGUUCCUUGUGCUUCCUCUCACGUUCCGUCCUUGGUAGAGCAGUGGUGUCUCCAAUGAACUUGUUUCCUGGUUUUGCAUCUUGUGAAAUGUUUUUUUUGUUUUUUUUUUUUUGUAUUUUUGUUGAAGGUUAAACAUUUGUAUAAAUUGUAAAUAUAUUUGGUUUAUUACAGUAAAGGCUUUAGUACCAAUAAGUGGUUUUCCUUUUCC